AUGAAAAAAAUGACCAAAACCACUUAAAAGAGACCAUCCAAAUAUAAUGUUGUUGAUGACCAAAAACGAUAGUAAAUAGUGGAAAAAUUAUUUUAAGAGAAGAUGAAAAUUAGAGAAGUAUUAAUGCAGACGACUAUUUAGGUGGCUUAACUAUUUUAAAUUCCACAGUCAACAGUCAAAGCAGUAAAAUCAGUUUAUCUAAAGGAAGGAAGAGUUUAGAAGAAAGCUAAAAGGAAUCGCCAUAAAAGAGUGAUCACAACAAUUAUUGUUGCACUUUUUGACAAGUAAGUUAACUUUGUAGCAUCAUGACUAACAGAAACAAGAUCCCCACAGAUGUGAAUGACAUCUAAAAAUAUACCAAAGUGACCUUUGGCCAUGUAAAUCAAAAUGGGAAUGUGAAUGAGCAGUGCAUGAAAUAAGGAGUAGAUUUGCUUAUGCAGAUGCUGACCUAAAUUAGAUAGAACUAACCCCCGAUUGGCAAACAUUCCGCUAUGCUAUCAAAGUUGCUGAAGAAUUAUAAAUAAUAAUGUGAAUCAUUUGAUUGA